UCCCGCGCGCGUGGCGCAUGGCUGGCUGGGCGCGCGCAAGCGAUGCAACGGGGAGCAAGCGCGGCGGCGGCGGCGGCGCGGUCCAACAGCAGAUUGCGGGCAGCCAAUGCCGAGGAGGCUUUGAAGUGGCACCAAAUUCCUCCCAGCCAAUCGGCGCCCGCCUCUCCGUGCCAAGGUGGGUUACUCGAGUUCGUGCCGCCGCUGAGGACUUAAAUACGCCUCCGAAGGACAGGAGGGAUUCUCCACGAAAGACUUGCUCCAGGUCGUUCCCAGCCGCGCCAGAGCGAGCUUGCGAUUGGCAAUCGAGAGCGCGAAUCGCCUCAUUCCCGGGCAGAGAGGAAGAAAACGAGAAGGGGGGCGCGCGCGCAUUCCCCCUUUUGCAGAGCGGCGAGAUGCCCGGAUUGUCCUCCCAGGAGCAGCUUUCUCCAGAAUUCCCUACCACUACUACCUUUGGUCAUGAGACCCAAAAUGGGUCAAUUGAUAAGGAGAAGACCCAUCCCAUAUAUGACGACCUGGGAUCUGGGAGAGGCAUGACUGAUGACAUUUUUGAUGAGACAUACCGUGAGAAAGAAGGCCCCAAGCCUGUCACAAUAUAUGUCUGGAGGAACAUCAUCCUUAUGUCCCUGCUCCAUUUGGCUGCACUCUAUGCCAUCUGUCUCAUACCUUCCACAAAGCCUCUCACCUUGUUGUGGGCUUUUUUAUGCUUCAUCUUGAGUGGUCUAGGAAUCACAGCUGGAGCGCAUCGGCUUUGGAGUCACCGGUCUUACAAAGCUACCUUGCCUCUUCGAAUAUUCUUAGCUGUUAUUAACUCCAUGGCUUUCCAGAAUGACAUUUAUGAAUGGGCCAGAGACCAUCGUGCCCACCACAAAUUCUCUGAAACAGAUGCAGAUCCCCACAAUGCAAGUCGGGGCUUUUUCUUUUCUCAUAUUGGCUGGUUGCUGGUACGAAAACACCCUGAUGUCAUAGAGAAGGGACAAAAGCUGACUCUUGCUGAUCUGAAGGCUGAUAAAGUUGUGAUGUUCCAGAGAAGGUUUUAUAAGCCAUCUGUGGUGAUCAUGUGCUUCUUGAUACCUUCGCUUGUGCCUUGGUACUACUGGGGAGAAUCCUAUCACAACAGCUUCUUAAUAGCUGCCAUCCUUCGCUACACAGUGAUACUCAAUGCCACCUGGUUGGUGAACAGCGCAGCCCACAUGUAUGGCAACCGGCCCUACGAUCGACAUAUCAACCCCAGACAAAACCACUUGGUUGCAUUUGGAGCCUUAGGUGAAGGCUUUCACAACUACCACCAUACUUUCCCCUAUGAUUACGCAACCAGUGAAUUUGGCUCACGGUGGAAUUUCACUACAGUUUUCAUUGAUAGUAUGUGUUACCUUGGCUUGGCGAGUGACUGUAAGAAAGUGUCCAAGGAGCUCAUCUUGGCCCGUAAAAUUCGGACUGGAGAUGGUAGUCACAAGACUGGUUGAUGUUCUGGUUUCAGCACUUCUCUUGUUUUCCUUUUUUCUUCAAACAACCUGGGCAUACAUUCAAUGUUCUGUCUACUAAUUAGCAAGCAAUGCUUUCAGGAUGCUCAAAGUGAUGACGCUAACCCAUUCCAGUAUUGUACUUUGAAACAAUGUCUGUAGGCCUUUAAUAUUCUAUUUAAUUAUCUAGGGGACUGGUUUGUCUCUGUUGUUGUUUACUCUUAUGCUCAUGUUCUCUCCCCCCUCCCCUUUUCUUUCUUUGCAAUGUUAUAAACUAGUCAAGUCUUUUCACCUAUGGUUUCGUUGCAUCUGUUAAGAGGGACUGAGCUGACAACAUGGCACCAAAGUAAGGACUAUCACAUCUUGAUUGCCCUGCUUCCUGCCUUUUUAAGCUUAGAUAAAAAGAGAGGGAGCUAUUCUAUCUUUUAUUAUUAUUAUUAUUAUUAUUAUUAUUAUUAGUAGUAGUAGUAGUAGUAGUAACAGAAGCAGUAGCAGUAGCAGUGGAGAGAACUAUGUGUUUGAUACCUCUAUGAGAUUCUCGAUUCCUUUAGCGAUUGAGAAAAGGGGUGGAUGUGUGAUGUAAAGGCUAGGGAUAGAGUAGGAAAGGAAGAUGUCUUUAAGUAAGGACAGCAGCCAAGGCUACAAGACAGACCCAAAGUCAGAGACGAAUUUUAUUAGUUGGAACUGGGGAAUCUGUUUUCCUCCAUCAGCACAAAUGUUGUGAUUGCUGUUUCCCUACACCCGAGUCCUAACCUAGGAGACAAGAAGUCUAGGCAGGAUUUUAAGGUUGUUAUGAGACAAGCCUAGACUAGGGAAAAUAGAGAUGCUUUAAGGGUAGACAUAAAUAUACACUAAAGGGAUUUUUCUUAAAAGGAAGGAGAGCGUGGGAGGGAUUUGAACCAAAGUUGCACCACAGACUCAAACUGCUUUAUGUGCUAGAGGAAUGAGUUUAGGUUUAGAUAAAGAGAGAUGUGUUUUCAGGUAUAUGUAAUGACACAGCCAUUCUGUUCAGCACAACACAGCAGCUGAAGUCCAUACUCAGCACUCCAAGGACCACCUAAGACUAAAGGGCUAAGAAAUAGCUACAUUUCUCAUUGGAGGAGUUUUACAAUGUAUCUGGAAGAUCUAGGAAGUAUUUAUUUCUAUGAUUUCUUUUAUUCCUGUAUCAGGCAGUAACUUCACUGCUGCUUAUAUCUCAUUUUUAUUUCACUCUUUCUUUGGAACUGACAAAUUCUUGGGGAGAAGAUGCCUUUCACCUCGCCACACUUCUCCUUGCUAGAGAGCAGCUGAAGGGUGAGGGAGGGGCUGCUAGUAGCUGAUUGUACUAUUUGUCAUGGCAUCAUAAGGGAUACUAAUUUUGGUAUAUAGGUUACCAAGAAAAGAGGACUUUUGCUGAUGGAGCAUAUUAAAAGGUUAUAUAUUACACUUUUCUUCAUUAGUAUACCUUUGGGCCUAUCUACACUAACCAUAUAAUGCAGUUUGAAACUAGUUUCAAACUGAGGCGGCUAGAUAACACACCGCCAAAACAUGCUACAACACAGGUUUUUUUUCUUUCAGGAGCGACUUGAGAAACUGCAUGUCGCUUUUGGUGUGAGAGAAUUGGCCAUCUGCAAGGAUGUUGCCCAGGGAAUGCCUAGAUGUUAGAUGUUUUUACCAUCCUUCUGGGAGGCUUCUCUCAUGUCCCCGCAUGGGGGGCUGGAGCUGACAGAGGGAGCUCAACCCGCUCUCCCCGGAUUCAAACUACAGUCCUGCCAGCACAAGGGUUUAACCCAUUACACCACCGGGUUUAAAGUCUUUAACACAGUUUAAAGACGUUAAAGCAUGUCAAGCAAUGCCAGGAUAAGCCCCUGGAUGCACCUCAGUGAGCCCCAAUUGUACACCACAUUGUGUAGUGAAAUUGGCUGUGAAAUGGUGUGCAUCUUGCUGUGAAAUGGGGAAAAAACCCAUAUUCUCUGGCUGCUCUAAAGCCGCAGAUAUUGCAGAUUCUGACACCAGUUUAAGGCCAUCUUCUGUGGUUAAUGUAAUCACAUUCCUGGCAUUGAACCUUUUCCAGAUAUGUCAGUCUAAUCAUCCACACAGCAAACUGGUUCCAAACUGACCUAAAUGGUCAAUGUAGAUGUGCCCUUGUUUGUCCUCCCAGUUGAGAACCAUUGUGCCUACAAAAUCCCAUUCUGCUUAAUAUCUAGUUACCUAAUUAUAAGUGCUGUGUUUCAAGUAAUGUAAAAAUCCUGGAUUAUAUAUAAUGUAUUAAUUUAUCUAACAAUAUGUCAAUAAUCAAUAUGUCGAUUAAAGAGAAGUUUGCACUGGCUUUUGAUUCUCAACUGAGAGUUUUAGCAUAAGAUUUCAUAUUUUACUUUCCAUAGUAGAACAAUGCUUAGCUGAUAUAUUGACACUCUCUUUGAGGUUUAUGUUAAUUGGAUAUGGAAAGGAUUCUGAGUCAGUCCCAUUUACACCAACAUUAGCUGGUAUAACAGAGUUAUUGGACAGUUGUGCUCUGCCUAUGUAUCAGUUUACCAUAUAGACUCAUGUAUAAGUCAACCUCAUAAGUAGAAGGCAGGUUUGGGGACAAAAAUUGUGGAUUUUGGUGUAGCCUGUGAAUAAGAUGGGAGUCAUUCUGCAGAGAGAAAAGUUCCUGCACCACCCCAAAGGGCCAGUGGUGGAGAGCAUAUAGGGGAUCAGUGCUUCUUUCAUCUUCUAUAGGGAAAGACUACGUUCUUGCCUUUCACCACUCUAUUCAGAAAAAGGUUCCUUUUUGGGAUAAGAGUUAAGGCACAAUGCUUACAUGGAUAAGUUGGCCCAGGUUUUUGCGGCUGAUUUUUGACUAGAGUUUCUCGACUUAUACUUGAGUAUAAAAUGUAUUUAAAUUUGAAGUAUUCACCAGUAAAGCUAAAUAAUAAUCAAAUUUCAACUCAAUAGAAAUCGAAACACAGUUGAAACCCAUCUAAGGACCACUUCUUUGCUCUGAAAAGCUUGGUCUUAAACCAAAUGCACGCCUGUGCAUUUUGCUCUGAAGUAAAUACAUUUGAUGUUUCACUUUUGCAGGUUUUACUUUUGCAGAUGUGUUUUUUUUCUAGUAAUUCCUAGAGCAGUGGUUCUCAACCUGUGGGUCCCCAAGUGUUUUGGCCUACAACUCCCAGAAAUUCCAGCCAGUUUACUAGCUGUUAGGAUUUCGGGUAGUUGAAGGUCAAAAUAUCUGGGGACCCACAGGUUGAGAACCACUGCUCUAGAGAUUCCUAGAGAUAAUGCCUCUCUAAGAAACUGUAGGUUCUCUAGUGUGACUUUUUGAUCAACUUCUGAUGGACCAUAGAUGCGCAGAGAUGUUCUCUAUCAGGAUAAAAAAAAAAACCACAUUUUAAAAAAAAUAUUCAGCUUUUGCAUUUCUGUUGGGGUGCUGUGCUCUUAACCUGAGCAAAUGUAGAAGGCUGGCCAUAUUAUGUUUAAUAGGGCUUACUUGUUAUGUUUAAUUUUCAGUUUAAAGGAUUGUAUGAAAAAUGCAGUCUUCCUUUAUGUAGCAUUGUGGUGAAGAGUGAAAGGCUUCACCCAGGAUUUAUCUCCACAGUUCUUUAAGUUCAGUCAGUAUCACUUACUGUUUCCUAUCCAGUUUCUUCUAAUUUAUAAACCCCAGAGGCUGUGUACCUUCAAAUACCAGUUGAGGAGGGUUCAAAAAUAGUGUGGUAGCAGAUAACGUGACUUUCUUCCUCCAUUUAAUAGGUUUCUAUGGGCAUCUGGCUGGCCAUUGUUACAAAUAGGAUGGGCUAGAUCAGUGGUUCUCAACCUGUGGGUCCCCAGAUAUUUUGGCCUACAACUCCCAGAAAUCCUAACAGCUGGUAAACUGGCUGGGAUUUCUGGGAGUUGUAGGCCAAAACACCUGGGGACCCACAGGUUGAGAACCACUUAACUAGAUGAAUGCUGACUCAUUCCUAUCCAGGUUCUGUGUAGACAUUGCUGAAUUUGAGUAGAAUAGACACCCAAGAGGAAAUGCUUCCUCUGUUGUCAUUUUGUACUGUGGAAGGUGACUCUCCAGGAAAACUAUUUCUACAUAAAAAGAGCAGAAAAGUGCAGGAUGGAAGUUGGGUUUUCUUUUGGUCCUUUUUCCUGAGUGCUGUUAAACUUUGGUCUCAUCUACACUACCUAAACAUCUAAACUCACCUCAGAUUGAAGUCUGUCUUUUUUCAUGGUGCACAGCUGCUUCCAGGAUCUUAGGAGAGGGUUUUGCUGUUGUAUUUAAAUAGGUGUUGCUUUGCUUUAGGAAAAGUUGGGAAUACUGGAAACUCUGGAUCAUCCUGCAGCGUGAAGAUAGUCUGGGCAGCUGGAUUAAGGCUGAUCUGAACUAAUUGGCUGUCCAGAAAGGAAACCACCAGUAGCAGCCUUUCCCUGUGCCCAUCAUAAUUGCUUCUCCUAGCUGGCCAUGGCACACCAUAAGCGCUCCUGACCAUUGCAGGUGCCUGUAUUGACAUCAGAACGAAAUGCCCAUGUGCCCAGCCUGAAGAAUGUGGGAGCAAUUCCCCUUCCUUCUCAAUUGCCUUGUUUUGAUAGCAUCACACAAUCUGCUCAUCUACCCUCCUUCAUUCUGUUAGCCUUCAGUGAUAUCAGAAUGGGAUGCCCAUGCAAUUGGGAUGCAGGAGGGGGAUUAUCCCUUCUUCAUGCUUGUUGCGUGGGUGCCCCAUUCUUAUGUCACCAGAUAUGUCUGCAUGGUCAAGAGUUUGCACUGAACUCUGGCCAGCUAAGAAAAGCAUCGGUGGAAACACAGAGGAGGUUGGGUACACACCACCCCAACAGAUCAGAUGCAGUCCCUGGCAACAUAAAUAAUGGCCCCCAGAUUUGGCACGACGGCACUGGGUUAAACUGCCAGGCGUAUACCUUAGGAGGGCUCUGCAGUGGAUCAUACCUUGAGCAACCUUUCAAUAAGAUUUGUUACUUGGCACCAAAAGUGAGAUUUUUCUUUGUUGAAGCCAGUUUGCUAAAUACUGAUUGUAUCACCUGAGGCACUUCAUCAUUUUUAAAAGAUGAGUACAAGGAACUGAAAAACCCUCAUGCACUUUGUUUCUUUCACUUGUGCAGCUAGAUCUGUGGGAAUGCUAUGAUCUCAGGCAGCCUUGACUCUCCUGCACACACUUCAGUUUUGCUUUGCUUUUCCUAAGUACAUCUUCAGAGAGUCAUGGAAACUCUUGUUGAGAUCUACUUUGGGCCUCUACACACAUUAAAGCUUUCACUGUGCAAUUAAAGCUAGACAUACUUCUAAAAUUGUAAAGUGUGGAAAGGACAAAGGAAUGUACUUCAUGCAGAUA